UAUCGCGAACUUCUCGUUCUGAUAAGAGCAACCCAUCCAACUGCCGGCGCAGUAGUGACAAUGCAAUGAAUCAGAAAAAACGCGCAGGAAUGACUCAGUGAAGAUGGAAGAAGCGCGCAGUCCGAGUGUGAAAAGUGCGGUGAACUUCUUCAACAGCUUGAGCAAAGACCCCUUCGAGCUCAACGUGAAGAUCAAGGAAAUCAAGCUCCCGCGGGUACGACUUCGGAGCAGUACCGACGCGCUGAGUCCAGAUGCCGAGGCUAAGAGGAUCAUCGCGGACUUCAGCAAGCGGAUUUCGCCCUACAACACGUUCAAGCUCCCCGUGGACGCCAUCCACAGCGACUUUUUCAAGCAGAAUCUCGAGCCGCUGCUGCCCGACGUGGUCGUGCCGAAGAAACGGAGAAAUCGGGUGUAUAAGAAGAUUGCUAAGAGAAGCGAUGCCUUCCUCGAGCCGUACCUGUUGGGCGACCGCCAGAGCCCGGGCGUGGGCGCGCCGUCCCCCUCGCCGCCCCCGUGCCGCGCCGUUCCCGACUCGUCCUCGCCGCCCUCGCGCUCUGCCUCCGGCGAGUCCCUCCUGUCGUCGAACGGCGGCUCGGAGGGCGGCAGCGAGGACAGCGGAGAGUCAGGUUACGGGGCGACCUGUGACAUCGGCUUGACGGAGCGUUUAAUCAGGUCGCAUCCGAUCUGGUUCCUCCCGGGGAUACAGAGAGCGGGGGCUUUUCACCUCCUCCAGGGGAAAGAAGAGGGCUGCUUUGUGGUGAGACAGUCGUCUCAGAGCGACACCAUGGCCCUGUCGGUGCGGCUACCCCUAGACAAGGGACCCUACAUCGAGCACUACCUUAUCCAGUCCACGGAGGGACAGCUGGGGUUGGAGACCAGCGAGAACCGGUUCGGGAGCAUGCCCGAGCUGAUCGCCCACUACGCCAACUGCUGCGACGAGCUCCCGGUGCAGCUGACUCUCCCGAAGGCCAUCCGGGAGGCCAAAACGAGGCAGCAGUUGUCGUCGCUGGCGCUGCUGGGGCAGGAGUUCUGGAGGUACAGUCCGCCUCCCUCCGCCGCCUCUAGCCCGGACGCCGACCUAGUAUUAAACUUGAACCCUCUGAUGACCACGUUCAAGACGGCGGAGCCGUCGACUCCCGUGACUAAAGACAGUAAGCCCACGCGGCCCAACACUCUGAAUUUGAUGAGUUUCAUCGAACCCAAUAAGGAACCCAUCAAACCCAAGAACGAGUUGGUUUCGAAGACGCCCCCGCCGCCUCCUCCCAGAUGGUCGAAGCCUUCGACCCCGCAGAACAACUUCACGGUUACAACGACUGUUACCUUCAGUGUAAAUACGCAAAGUCCGCACGAUUUACCUCCGUCGCAAGUUGAGGUGCACUGUGACCCGAAGAGGAUGUCUCCCGAGGGACAGUGCAACUCUACCAUAUCAUCGAAGGGUAGUUUGAGGCGGCCAACCGACCAAGUUCUCUCACCCAAUGGGUCAAUCCUCUCGCCUAGCUCGGACCCGAGCAGUCUCUUAUCUCCUGAUACGUUAUCGCCUUUAUCAGCUAGUAAAACCGCCCGACAUAGCAAACGAUCCAAACAUAAACUAUCAAAACAUUAUCAAGAAAGUGACAUUGUUGAUUCCCCCACUUUUUACUACAAGAGUGGAUUGGGGGAUAAGAUCAGUGAUUACGAAGACGUGUGGACCAACGAAUCGACGAAUCGAGGGAAAGGGAGCAAUUUGGCGUCACCUGAUCUUCUACAACACACGAAUAAUAACGUACUGAGUCCGGCGGAGUCGUCCCAUAGGAGUAAUUGUAGUACCCCGGUACAGAAUACCAAGGCUGUGCAAUCACCGGUGAUCGAGGACAUGGCGAGUCCACAUAUACCCAAACAAGGGAGUCCGUUUUAUGCUGAACCCGCGGAUUCCAUCGCACCAGUACCCAGAAGGAACCUACCCAAGACGAUGCUUCCGAUGCAGCAGAGACACUCGAAUCCACCGGGAUUAUUCAGCCAUUCGCCUCUGAGUCCCGGGUUGGAGCGGAUAGAGUCGUCAGACUUCAACGUAAUGUCCUCUUCCGUGGACAAUCUAAGCCCCAAGCACCGCUUCCCGGGUUUACGCAAGCCGGAAGCCAAACCGGUACUACCCCCGUCGAUCAAGACUAAAGCUAGCGAUAAUUGGCAGAUCGACAACGGGUGGACCUUCAGAGGUAACGACUUCGACGUGGCCAUGGAAUCCAGCGACCAAGACUACGAUUCCGACUGGCCCUUGAUCCCCACUUUGAUGUCUUCCUUGCACCCCUACACCCCCGAUCCCGACGACCGGAUAACCGUCCAAGACAUGAUCUCGAAACGGUUCCCCGAUAUCCGGAUCUCCACAGAACUGACCGCCGACGAGGAACUGUGUAGAAUGUCCGCGUACGACAACGUGGAAGACCGAAGGGUACCCCGAGCCCCGCCUUCCGAAAUCAGCGAACACACCGAAUUUUCGGAACCUUGGACUGAACUCAAUCAAGGAGUUACGAAUACUGAGUUGUUUCAGACUGACGAUUCCAUAUCGGAGCGAAUCAUGAACCAUCAAAGUACAAAAGUAGCGUCGAUAAGUAGGUCGAAGAGUUUUAAAGAUCGGUUGGAUCCGUUACUUUUUUUAGCUGCCCCACGUUUACAAGCGUUAAGGAACAGAGAACAGACCGGUCCCAAAGCGGUAGGUGCUGCCAUUAGGACGUACGCGUUGGAGUUGGCUCAAGACAAGAACACAACGUUUGCUCAAAACAUUGACAAUUUCAUUGCGUGCACGUGCGAGUCGAAGGAAACCAAUCCGCAGAUCAUCAUGAGGAAUAUGCGGCAGUUUAUGUCGGGGAUGAAGAACUAUCUAGUGAAGCACGGGGAGAAAGGGUUCUACAAAGAAAUCGAAAGGGAGAGGAGCAAACUCAAACCGACGGAGUUUUUGAAUUUGGACGCCAUUCUAGAGGGGGUGAUGCACAAAUUGGUGGUGAAACCUCUCAAGGGGCAUUUGCAGAAGUUGUUCCUUGAUCACUACACAAAAACCGGGGCUAUUAGACUCCUGGCUGACAAUAUCCAGUUCGCUGCGACGCGACCCAUCUCAGAGUUGGCUAUCAAGCCGAAAAUCACCUUGCCUUCCGACAGCUCUCUCAACACCAUUUCCCAGUACUUACAAAGGUUGCAGACGGCGGACUCCCCUUUGGAAAAGUUGGAGUAUCUUCUAGCCGCUAUCGCGACAAUCUUCAACUCAGUGAAAACGGGUCAGCUGACCGGCUCUGGUAAGACAGUGCAACUGGGCGCAGACGACUUCCUCCCGCUCUUCGUCUGGGUCCUCGUCAAGACCAACUUCGUAGCGGCCGAAAUCGAAGCCGAGUACAUGUGGGGGUUAUUACACCCGUCGCUCCUCUCCGGCGAAGGAGGCUACUACUUAACCACCCUGUCUUCCGCAGUUCACGUACUUAAGAAUUUCAAAGACAGUUGCGUGGAGAAUGUAAAGAAUCACGUGAAGAACGACUCGGUGCUCAAGGUGGUGGUUCCAGACGAGCUGCACGGCUCCAUUCUGACGAAGACCCUGCCCGCGAAGCCCCACAUGACCACGAAGGACGUGUGCAACAUUAUCGCGCACAAGGCGAGGAUCACGAAUCCGCAGGAUUACGCGCUGUAUAGGGUGACGGAUGGCGAAGAAACCAUGCUCUUGGAUAACGAAUGCCCGCAGGAUUUUAUCACUGGGAGUAAGCAUACUAUGUUAGCUUAUAAAAGAACUGACGCUAAAAUCGCUUGGCCAAAUCAGGACAAACUGAAUCUCUAGUCAUGUAUUUUUAACGUAAAUCGGUUUGUCUACUGUACAUAUUUUUGUGUUAUAAAAGUGUAACUUGUCAAUUUAUAACGUUUAAUACCGAUGUUAAUCUUUUUAUACAAUGUAGCAUAGCUGCAUCUUGUUUCUUCUCUCAGUAACAAAUUUUGUAUCUAAUUUAUUCUUUUCAACUGUGCUAAGUAAUGUCAAUAAAUAUAUUCUUGAAAAA